UCUCCCGCUCCGUCGAAUCAGCUGCGGUGAAUCCAAAGCGGCGUUAGGUAAAUGCAGGUCAUGUGUUUCACAACCGGCUGCCUCCGUGUUACAUGAGUCCACCCAGGAAGGUCGACUGCUUCCUCAACUGAAGUUGGAGACAGACACCAGUGUGGAGACAAACAUGUUGGGACUCGGCUGUUUGGCAGGUGAUUUGCGCAGUGGAGGAAGACUUCUGAGAUGCGUGUUGAUGACGCCGGGCACCCAGCAGAGUUUCCCCAGUUCUGUCAUGCAGAAGAUGCAUUUGUCAUCAGAACCACUAACCAGAGGACGUCUUCACACCGUCAAGAGGAUGUCAGGACUUUGUGGCUCUUUGUGGCAUGGAAGGCAUCAUCAGCUUCCUCUUGUGACCCUGAGAUCCUUUCUCUCUCAGGGCCCCAACCCUUCCACAGCAGCUGCCAGAGUGAAGUUAAGGACUAGGCUGCUGGUGACCCUGCUGUUUGGCGGGGGCCUGGUGGGCACGUGGUGGUACGUUUACAUGGAGAAGCAGUACAAGCUGCAGAGGCAGCGUGUGGAGCAGCUGAAGAAAGUAGCUCUGGGUCAGGGGAACUUCAGCCUUGUGGAUCACAGGGGGCAGCGCAGGACCAAAGCAGACUUCCUGGGGAGCUGGGUGUUGCUGUACUUUGGCUUCACCCACUGCCCCGACAUUUGCCCAGACGAGCUGGACAAGAUGAGCGCCGUGGUGGCCGCUCUGGACAAGGAGCCCUCGCUACCGCCUGUCCAGCCCAUCUUCAUCACUGUGGACCCGGAGCGGGACGACGUGGCCGCGCUGGCCAAGUACGUCAAGGACUUCCACCCCCGUCUGAUCGGGCUGACGGGCACGGCCGAGGAGGUGAAGCACGCGGGACGGGACUACAGAGUGUACGCCAGCCCGGGCCCUAAGGACGACGAUGGGGACUAUAUAGUGGACCACACGAUCCUCAUCUACUUGAUCACCCCGGACGGCCUGUUUCUGGACUAUUACAACAGGAUGAAGAAUGCAGAGCAGAUCACCGAGAGCAUCAAGAACCACAUGAAUGUCCAUGUGAAGCUAUAAGAGAGCGAGCUUCAUCAGAACCAACACAUUGUGGCCAUGAUAUUGUUUGAUACCUCAGCUUUGGAGGAUGGUUUGAACUGCUGGGACAGAACAUUAAAGCUGCACCAGGCAGCUUUUAUAUGUUGGCAGCUCCAGAAUGUAAAUGGAAGAAAACUAAACUUUAAGUACCUAUAAAUCCUGACUGGUUUGGGAUUCUUUCUACUAUAUACAUACAUACAUAUGCACUGACUUCAUGCUGUACUUUUUGAGUGUAGCAGCUCAUAAUGGGUUUAAAAGGAGAACGGCACACAUUUGAACACAUCGAGUCCAGCUGUCUCUGGAUAGAGCGCGGCUCACUGCUGUUUGGAAGUUUUGAUUGAUGCUUUAUUGUGUGCACAAGAUUCCCCACUAGUGUCCAUACAAAGGUUAUUAUAGUUAACUAAAACUAAACUACUCACUGUGACAAAACAUAAAUGAAAAACAAAUGAAAUUAAAAUAAAAACUAGAAUUACUAAACGGAACUGCAAACAAAAAAGAAAAAAAAAUGCAAAACUAUAAUAUUACCUCCUCCAUACACCACCAGCAGAAUUACAUGGGUAGAGAUUUGAGAUUUCAGUGUAUCAGCUACACAGAAUCCACCUUAUUUUGAAAGGGGAAAUAAUCAGUUGGUCAAACUUCUAUUCUUUUGUGCCACAGGUCAAAAAAUCAGUCUGAAACUAUAUUUAUACAUUUAAAAACACACCUAGUGCAGUUUUGACUGUUCAACACCAUUGAUGCCUCAUUAGUGGAUUGGUGUGAGGAUACAUAAAUUAUACGUAAUAUAAACACAUCAUGAAACAGUUUGUGGCUUUUACUUUGUUCAUAAAGUUAGUUUGAAAGCAGUUCAUAGUGGGAAAAGGUUAACAGGUACAAAUCUGCACAAGAUUUGAAAGAAAUAAACUUUUUGGAAAAUGA